AUGCCCGUCGCUAUUGUCACCGGCGCUUCAAGGGGGAUUGGGAGGGCCAUCGCUCUCCGACUUGCCGAGGAUGGCAUGGACGUUGCGAUCAAUGACCUCGAAAAGCAAGCUCCGCUUCUCGAAAAGGUCCGGGAAGCGAUCGAGCAGAAAGGUGUGCAAACCCAAGCCCUGUCAAUCAGACCAAUCUACAUGGCACUCUCAACAUCAUCUUCGAGCUCGUGGUUGAUCGCUGUUGGGUUCCAGGGCGAAAAUGUCUCUGCUUCGUCACCGAUAUCACCAAUGAAAGUCAAGUCCGACAGAUGGUGA